UGUCAGUACCGUUUGUGCUUUCGAGCACGCUUAGCCAUUCAACACGUGGGCCCUCAACUUAAUCAAUAGCGUGUCAAGCUCCAGCGCGUCUUGGACCUUGCUGCAGCAGCAGCAGCGGCAUCAUCCGCUGGCCGCAGCGGAGAUACGAUUUCCAUCGCCAAAGGAGUGCAGCAGCCACCGACGAUGCGCUUCCCCUUUGCAUCUGCUGAAGGUCUUCAAUAGGCACCCCAACUAGCUAGGGAGGGGAUAAUGGGGGUGCGAGGGUCGGUAAGCAGUAAGUCGUUAGCGUGCGAUGGUGCGGGUACGAUCGAUCCGGUGCAGAUGAUGAAUCUGGUUGUGCAAAGUGGGUUGCUAGUGCUUACUGUGGCCUUGUGUGGUGCCUUAGGUGAUCGGCAGGACCCGUUUGAGAGCUAUGCCAAGCUGCCGCGAAUAUACGAGUACGAUGAUUUCCACACGUGUCGCCAAAGACAUACCGAUUUCGUGUUCUGUGUCAGCGUCAGCACGCUGCAGGCAGAUCCGUCGAACGUGCUGUGGCAAAACAUAUCUCGGUUACGAUCCAAUCGUAGAAAUUUUCCACACGAUCAGCUUGAACGAGGAUUGUGCUUGAAUGAUCUCUACGCCGGUGUUACCACACACGACCACCGCACGGCAAAGCUGAUUGAUGCGUAUCUCCAUCAUCGCAUCUACGAUCAGUACGGGCUCAACAGCCACACAACUACGGAGUCAUGUUGGACGAGAACGGAUUUCGAACCGAGAACAACAUUUGGCGAAUACAUGUUCGGUUGCCUCACGAUCAUCCUACUGCUCGCCACACUUGGCGCUACCUGGAUCGAUUUCAACGCGCGUCCGAAUGAUUUAUUCGUGGACGCGUUUUCCAUACGAAGAAAUGUGCAGCGGCUGUGGGCAGCACCCAAACCGAAUGCACUGCCCUUUCUGGACGGAUUUCGUGCACUUGGGAUGCUUACCAUACUGAUAGUGCACUCGCAGCUGCCCUUGAUUCGGAUGCCUGUGUGGAACACCGAAGCCUUGGAAGCGCAAGCCAAUCAUUUUAUUUUCCCGCUGGUCAAUUCCGGCAACACUCAUAUGAUACAGUUUUUCUUCACGCUCGGUGGAAUGGUAUUGCUGCCAGCAUACGGAUUCAUCAUCAUCUACCAAGCGACAUGGUACAGACGCAUCAGACGAGGCCCGCUAGAGUACAAGUUUAACGAUUUCUGCUUGAACAACUGGUGGUCUAACAUACUGUUUGUGAACAAUUAUAUUCAUACCACUAAACCUUGCCUUCAGUUCAGUUGGUAUUUGGGAGCAGAUUUUCAACUAUUCCUGAUUGGCUCGGCAUUGCUUUUGCUGGUUUGGAAGUUUCCAUCGACCAAAGGAUGGCUGGUGCGUGUGAUGGUUGCGGUUGCAUUGGUCCUGCCGGGAUACAUCAUCUACACCACAUUAACCACCGCUACGAUGACGUUCGAUAUGAGGCAUGCUUUGGCGGAACUACGCACCUACGAUCAUUUCUUGAAGUACUACCUACCAUCGCACACAAACAUAAGCGGUUAUUUCUUUGGUAUAAUUGCGGCUAUGGUCUACAGGAGUGCGCUAGCUAAGGGCUCGCCAGAUCAGUCCCUGCCGAUAGUACAGAAGUGGUUAAAAGUAUCGUUGGUGGCACUGGUGGGGUUGAAUGCUUUCACCACUCUGCUUCCAUUCGUGAGCGAAGAUCAACAACAUUCCCUCUUCCUUGCGAUCUACGGCAGUCUGCUGAAGGCUUCAUGGGGCUGCAGCUAUAGUCUCGUAUUUUUAGUUUUUGCCCUGAAAGGCAAAUCACGCUUGCUGGACAUGCUAUCGCACAGUGGGUUGCAGUUCUUCGCCAAGAUAAGCUACUGUAUGUACAUAGUGCAAUAUUCAGUCAUUUAUGGAUUGUAUACCAACUUUCCGAUCCCUAUGGUUUACGGAGGCUUCAAUCUGCUACUGCUGACGUCGGCAUCUUUGCUGCUAACAGUGACCAGUGCGCUGCUACUUUAUCUGGCCGUGGAAGCUCCUGUUGUCCUAAUCGGUAACGCGUACGUGACAACGUUAUUGAAAGACUACAGCACUGCCUCGGAAGCAAUCGAGGCUAAACAAGCUCGCAAGCUUCUGUAAAUGUGUGAUAGGACGACGCUUGACUGUUGACUGGCGGAACUAGUUUCCACAGAUAUCCUAUGUACAAAACAAGUAUUCAGCAUAAUAUUCCAUAAUCCUAGCCAUGUAAGCAACAACAAAACCCACAAAACAACCUAAUUAUUGACCGGAAGGAAACGAUUGCUAAAUUGUACAGCUGUAAGGCUUGGAGAGUUUUUAAAUACGGAAUCGAAAAGAACGAUGACUUAUGUACUCAUGUAAAAAAAACUUAAUGAUCAAAAUAAAGUCACUGAUCGAUAUAACUCA